AUGCCCUCGCUUGCCGAUCUUAUUGAUUGGGGCCUGCGCGCUGUCAAUAAUGCUGGUUUGCGACAGCAGCAGUGGAUGACUUCCAACUGUGAGAGUAGAGACACCGUCGAGCCGUCGAUGAGGUUCCGGUCGGCACUGAAUCAUUGCCUCAAGCCAGUCGUCAGUGCGUGGACAUUGGAGAUGGUCAUGGCCGCCGACUUCGUGCCGACUCGUAACAUUGCCAUGGCUUGGCGUUUUCUCAUCGUUUAG